GAGUCGGUCAAUACUCCGGGCAACGCGGUGGUGAGAGCACACGACGACGGUCGCCCCGUAACACUCGUGCACGCCGUCACUCGGAAGCGGCGAGACUCUCUCGCUCAAGUACGGAUUCGUGUGUCUUUCGAACGUAAACGUAAUAUUCGCUCGCGAGACCCGAGCAGAAAGCCGGAACCGGACGAGCGAGACCGGCCGGGAUCUAUUUUCUCGUCGUGGCUCCGUUUCGCGAACAGACGCGGAUGAUACGUGUACGCGCGCACGCGAGAGGCAUAACACACGUACGAUAAAAGCGGAGGACACGCGUGCGAGGAGAACACACGGCAUCGGAUCUCGUUGCGUCGCGUUUACCCGAAAAGAUAUCGCGCCGCGAUCCGCCUCCUCCUCCUCCGCGUGAACGCUUGAACGAUGCGAGCCUGCUCCGUGGGAGAUUCGUAGAACGCCGGGCUCCGAAGGACAGUGUCAGGACACGUUCCGUGGUGGCUAGACGUCGUGGACACGAGACCGAGGCACGGGUCUCGUUGUUUCAUCGACUAUCCUUUCGUGCUGGUGACACGCGAGCCUCGAUUUACGCGGACAGUGAGUGUUACUCCGUGUGUCGCGUCGGCUUGCCGAUUCGGAGAUCGAGAAUCGUCGGCAGAUCAUCUGAUAUCAACUAGACUCAACCAUGCAUCCUAGAGCGUGAUGGACAAACGCGCGUACGCAGCCAACUACUUCCAGUUACGCCUCACCGGCAUACUCAUGGAUAUGUGGAUAUUCUUCCUAUUCGUCGCCAUUGCCGACGUGGCAGCCUCGGUGGAGGUUCACUUCGAGAACAAGGAUGGCGGAUUCUUCCUGAAGCACAUACCGAGGCAAUACUACCCUGUUCGAACUGAUACGGUGGUAUCUCCGUCGACGGGGACCUCAUCUAGCGGGCUUCCAUCGUCGCCGCCCGGGUCCGUUCUCUCGAUAGACAAAUUCACAGUGUUUCAAACGAGCGAGCCGGUGUCCGUACGAGCAACUUACGGCCCGUUUAGCACGAAGCAGACCGUACCGGCUCGUUCUAUAGUUCCGGACCCGUUGGACGCGUUACCGGGACCAGAAACAAGACGAAAUCUAACCGCGGCUACGAUUCUGGACGCGCAAGAGUUAGGCGCUCGUCACUUGGACAUGUCCGCUCAUCUGGUCGGAACCAGCGUACCUCGCGACUCGCCUGUACUCCGAGUACUCUUCCAUGCCGGAAGCGAGGCCGGUGGAAGGCGUCAAUUGCUAUUAGCCCGCCAUCAGAGGGUUUGUGUAAUUCUGCACGCGAAUCUGGCCGCUCCGGCGAGGAGCACGGCUAACAGAAACAACGGCAAAAGCUACUCUUCGUCCUCGUCGUCCGCUUACAUGUUAACGGCAGCCUGCAGUCCCGACGGAGAGAACGGAGUUUGCCUGGCACAGAUCACGAUACCAGCCGACUGGUGGCCACCGUUGCCACCUCCGGACGCUUCUGGUCGGGUAAAGGUUGCCAAAAGCCUGCCCAGGCUCGUGCAGGUUGCCUACUCUGUGCUGGAACCGCUGACAGAGGAGGUCGGCUCGCCUGACACCGGAGCCGGCUUCUGCAGGCCCGGUGUUCAGAUUCAGCCCGUCACGCCGCUCGGUCAGGUGCCCCUGGCACCGAACCGGGCCGAUUACAAGGAGCUCAAGGCCGAUGAAUCGCUGACCCUGCUCGUGCCUCACGGGCCCCUAUAUCCGAGAUCCAGGCUACAUGUCCCGGCGUUCCUGCAUCCGUCCAAGGUCACCGAUCCCAGACAGGAAAGGCCACCGCUCGUCAUCGCUGUGUAUAUCAGGGCCAGGGUGAAGUCCGGCGUGAAAAUUCUGGACGCCUCGUCCAGCAAUCCGGAUUGGAUCGUCGACAGUAAAAUAAAUGCGAAAAACACGAUCGCUACGUUCACAGCCAGGCGGAAGGAGAACGUUUCGAGGAUAUCAAACGCAUCGGCGGAGGAGAUCUUGACGAUGCUUCUCGAGGCGAGCGAGGAGGGGGUGGAUGGGAAUUGGGACGGCGGUCGAAUCGUUUGGAGCGUGCGUUACGCUUUCGACAACGGCUCUCAGCUAAAUGGGAUGGAUCAGCUGCAGCAGAGAUUGCAACAACGACAGAUGCAACACCAUCAUCAUCAUCAUGCCGAGAGACGGAAGUUACAAGUCCGGCUUGAAAUACAGAAGGACGACAUACAGGCGGUGCUGCCCAUCUCUAAGAACUGGGAGGUGAUGAACACCGCGGUUUUAACCGGCCGGCAAGUGUCCCAGGGGAUGAAGGUGUUUAUCGUAAGCCAGGCUGGAACCGUCGCUGACGUUACCCUGCAAUCCUCCUGUCACUCCGAGGACGAGAGCGUGCUCAAGGUAUCGUCUUCGUGUAGCAGCGUGUACGUUGACGGCACGGAAAUUCGUGGCUCUAGUAACGCGUCCGUCCUCGUCAAGUACGGUACCUAUACGGGACUAGCCAAAUUCACAGUUUGGAUGCCCGAAUUCCCUCUGGAGAUGACCGUCGGUGACACCAGGCUGAGCCAAAUCAAAGGAUGGAAGGUGCCCGAGGAACACGUAGGUGCCAAGAGUAAACGAAGCUUGAACGCCACGACCUCCUCGUGGCUGAACGAUUCCGGUGCGAAGAACAAGAAGAGGAGCGCCGCGGAAUUGGAGGAGGACACCUCGAUAGACGUCGAGGACGCUGACGUAAUCUUGGAGGAGGACGAGCAAGAGGAGAGGUUUCGGGGCAACGACAACGGAUGGGACGCUAUUAACUCCAUCGAUAGGAGCCCGUCCACCAAUUGCAGGCUCCGUUUUCAACAGAGCCCCGUCGAGGUGCACGCGAGGUUCUUAGCCACCGAUCACGACUCUGGAAGAGUCUCCUAUUUUGUGAACCGACGAACUUGGCUGCGCGUGACCGAUCUGGUGAUAGGGAUGCUCAGAGUGUCCGAUCCCAGAAUCGCCGACCUGUUGCAAGGAAGAAUUGUUCAAGGCCGGGGAGUGGGCAGGACGGAGGUACAGGUUCUUUCGCCGAUCACGAGCAAAGUGAUCGGCGCGAAGGAAGUGCGAGUGGGCAACGACCGGAUCGCGAUCACCAGAUUGUCAGUCAGGGUGGUAUCCGGUUUGCAACUCACCAUCAGCCCGGACAGUGCAAUAGAAAACGGCUACGUAGCGGAAACGUCGGUCACGAGGAAGCUGACUGCUCAAUAUCAGGAAGGUCUGUUAGACAUAGACGUUGAAUUUUCGGACGGAACGAGGACACCGUUGCGUGAAAUCGCUGUCACCGACUACCACUUGGUAGUAGAGAGCCUGGAUCCAGAAGUGGUAGCAUUCGCUCCGAUGGUCGCCUCUCAUCACCCGCGAGUGAUCGCAGUCGGCGAAGGACGAGGCGAUUUAUUGCGAGUCAGUCUUCAGCUGGCCGACGCUUGUCGUUUAAACAGCAGGAGGUCUGGAAAAGGAUCUCAAAGGGCCACCGCCGCUGCCCUUGCAAGCGCUUCCGCCAACGUCGAAGUCGACUUUGCCUCUAGCGAUCUUCCGAAUCGGCCUGAGUUCGUGCAAAACGACGGAGGCGGUACGGUUGGUUCUCAUCAUCACAGGGAGAGGAAGAACGGCAGAGGAGAAAUGACGCCCGAUUUACGCGACAUUCUAAUUGGGCUACCGCUGAAAGACGAGAACGGGCACAAGCACAAGCACGAGCACGAGCACGAACCUUUGGUGCAGGCACGGCAGCAUCGCACGGCUAUAGCUAAUGGCAUGUCUUCAGGAGGAAUAGGCGGCGUCGGUGUACGGCAUCACGGGGGAUCGCGCAUGAGCCCACUCGAGAUCGGGAUGUACGUCCUUCUGGCGGCCUUCUGUUUCGCCAUCGUCGUCUUCGUCGCGUCCUGCGUGGUCUACGCGAGCAAAUUCAAGCCACAGCCACCGGACUCACCGUUAGCUGGAUCCGCGCUUCCGGUUCUCUCCUCGGGCGCAGCCAGGGCGAGAGCGGCGGCCAACCAGUUGGCGUCAGGAAGAAGGCCUCCCAGAGAGUCGACCACGAACGCGCACGAUUGGGUCUGGUUAGGCAGAGCCACCCUUGAAAGAGCCGCUUGCGGGCCUCAACAGGUAAGAGUAACCAGCAAUCCUCUGGCUGGCGAGAACGAAGGAGAAGCAAGCGAAUUGGCGACUUCCUUUGACAAUCCGAAUCAUAUCGAGUUACCAUCCUCUGGACAGCGGAGCAAUGGCUCUGGACCAAUAGACACAACCACUUACUGUAAAAGGGACAAGGCUCCACGGAAUAGUUUCGUAUCUAAGUCAUCAACGGGAAUGACUACUACCACCGUUACCACUCCAGCUUCCAUGGUUACAUCUACUGUCACGACCACACGAAACGAUAACGAUGACAUUCCACCCCCUUUACCUCCACACGGAGUACCAGUAACAUCCGCGAUGUCCGCGGUGGCGAAUUCAGCUGUUCCUGUGAACGCGGUAGGAAACAGCAAUGGUAACGAGGACUACAAACCGCCGGUACCACCGCACAGGAACACGGGGGUAAUCGUACGGCUACCGGAAACUCCGAGAAAGCAUCGUUACAGAGCGUCGAGCGACAGCGCCGGCGGAAAUCAUGGGAACAACCAGCGGCACAGCAAGCAGAUUCAUCAUAUCAAGCCACACGGUAAAACUAAAGUAGGUAGUCCUAAAGAGAACGGCGCGGAGGAAGAGGAGUUCGUGGAGCUAGUGAAUCACGAUGACAACAGGCAUUCCAAAGAUGCAAGAGCGAGAGAGGUGAAGAGGGCGACAAUCGUUGGUAAUCCAAUGUUCUCGUCGUUUUCAACGAAUGCAGUCGCCUCGUCGAUGAACGUCUCCAGUCCGACUGUGGCCUCGUCGUCCUCGUCACCGCCUAACUCGUCGCCGUCCUCUUCCUCUUCCUCUUCCUCGUCGGCGUCAUCCUCCGCGUCCUCGUCUCACGAGCAGGAGGAGUCGGUGGCGUUGGAUGACCUGAAUCUUGGCAUGGACUACAACCAGAUCAUGCAGUACUUCGACAACCUAAAGGAGUCGAACGCCUAGGUAAAGGCGUUCGGCCUUGACGAAGAAGGCCGAAUAGUCAAGAUCGAUGCGAAACCCCGGAAACAUCGUUGAGAACCGUGGCAAGUGGACGAGCCCGGCCUCGUUCUCCGCUUCCUUUCUCGCCGUGUAGCAGACAAAUUCGCAAUGGAGAACUACGAUGGCCGAGCUCGACGCACGUUUCAACCGACGCUCCGUACGUUUCGUAUUUUAGGCUAUAAUCUAGUCAGCUUCCUAGCAGCACAUCAAGAGUAUCGCGCAAACGCAUGGACACGAGAACAAUGUACACCCGUAAGUACGUACAUGUAGAAAGACAAAACGCGACGUGCGAGAUAUAAUACGAUGAAAGAGGCGCGCGUUUUAUCACUGUCGAAGGAAAACGCUCGUUCUCUGUUACACAUACGUAAUAAUGCAUAUUCGCGACGAAAACACACACUGGCUCCGUACACAAACAUAGUCAUACACGCGCGCACAUGCUUUAAAAAAAAACGUGUGGCUGCCGACAGGCCGAGGCGGGUUAGGUGGAUCGUACAUUCGACGAGCAACUGGGUUCUCAUCUUUUUCAUUCCAGUGACGAUCGAUCGACCAGCGAUCCUCACUUCCGUCUCCGUGCGCUAUUGAUCUCUCGCUCAAAUCCUUUCCUUGCGGCGAUCGAACGAGCUCUCGCCCUCGUUCUCGUUCCCGCCACGCGACAGGAGCACAUUCACCGAAAAGUGGCCGGACAAAAACCAACCCUUUUGUCUCGGGAUCGAUCCUCGGCUUCGAUGGCCAUGUUCAAGCACGGACAGCUUGUCCUUCUUUUUUAUUCGUCUUUCCGUGGCUUUUGUGUUCGUCCACUUUCCUAUCCAUCGUCGAGGUCCCUAACGGAGAAAGAUAAUACUUCUACUGUUUUUUUUUCUCCCUCAAGGCUUUCGUCGCUUUUUAUUUUUAAACAGUCGCUCGUCGAGCCUUCCCGGCAGUAAAUUCCGGUCGCCGGGCUGGAGAUCGAUAUCGGGGUGAGUAGAACAAUGUCAGGUACCAGGGCCACUUACUUCUCCAAUCUACGCCAGGGGAGACGUAAUAUUUAUUCGAUCGUCCGUACGUCGUAUGAUGUUUGUAAAUUUUGCUUUGUAAGACUGUGUACAUAUAUAUAUUAUAUAAUAUAUAUACCGCGACCUAGCGCAUGUUAAUUACGUACCGUAAUAGAUUAUGUACGAAGUUACAUUUGUAUGGCAAACUCUAUCUACAGAGUAAACUGAAACGUGCGUAUCUAAUCGCACGACGUCGGAGACGAGCGGAAACACGAACUUGGCCCGUGCGUUCCAUUUUAUCUAUCAGCGUUUCCCGUCUAUUCUAAUCUAUCUCGUUUUUUACGAACCUUCUCACGCACUCCGGAGUCACCUGUAUUACCAUUCUCUAAAUCUAUAAACGUGUCACAUUCUAUACAUGGCUAUGCAAUAGUCAAGAAGUUUCGCAUGUGCCUACAUCUUCAUGUUCUAUGUCUAAUUUUUACGGUACAUAUCAAGUUUUUUCAAUUCGAUGAGAAUAUUAUUAAAUAUUGGAUUCGGCUCAGAAUAAUACGAUCUUAGUCUGACGAAAAGUAAUUGUUUUUCAAAUUUAAAACAAUCAAUUUGACGAUGCGCAGACAAUUUAAGUAAACUGCGCCUCGUACGAAGAGCGAAACAAGUAAGAUUUAAAGGAAUUUUUAGAGAAGGCUUAGUUGCGUGGAUUUUUCGAAAAUAUACGAACUGUAAAAUGGGAAACGCUAAUCUCCUAGAGCUCGCAUCGGCCCGAAACGCUGCUCCGUAAUUGCUUUUAAUUACCGUUCACCCUAUCGAUUGGAUUGCGCAAUAAUAAUUGUCCACGUACGUGCCACCGGCUGCGAGUUUUAAAACGCAUCGAGAAACCUCGGGGCACGUGCUUCCUCGCAAAUCGCAUCUGUGCCAUCGUUAAUUACAUCGUAGAAGACGCGCCCUCGUCCACGUUCGAACAUAUACGUAUUAUAUAUAUACACAUCUACACUCGAGAGAAAGAGAGACUGGGAUGGUAUGAGUGUUUUGCGUGAGAGAGAGAAAGACGAGCGAAUGAAAAAGGGAGAGAGUGAGAGAGAGAGACAUUUGCAUAAUACACGCACACCUCAUCAGCUUCGUUCUUCCGCACCGAUUUGAUUUCCUCCUGCGAAUCCAAUCACGCUAGAUAGCAAGCUGAUCCGUAAUCAGAACAAAGUAUUUUUUAUCCUGUUUAACGCUAACGUAAAGGUUCUAAUUGUUGCGAGACAUUUGAAAUGAAACUCCCUUUUCUUAGAACUUUUUGAGAAUGAUUGAUUAUUUAUUUCUAUUUCUAUAAAACGGAUGGAGUGACUUCGAGUUCCUCCUUUUUCAUUAAUAGAUAGUAGAUUGUCUAGGUAUAUAAAAAAGACUUGAGUUAAACGAACGACUCAUUCGUAGGCGAUCAGCCAUACAGGUGUGCAAAGAUCGAAGCAAUUCGAUCAAUCAAGACCGAUGGAUCUCUAAACGGAUCAUUCUAUCUUAUAUAGGCAUCUAAAGACUACGUGUCUAAGUAUGUAUGUAUCUGUAAGUUGUGUGUUAGCAUGUCAAGCGUGGGACAUAGUGAUGUAAUGCUGAUGAACAGAAAGAAAUUAAGAAGAGAAAAGACGCUCGAACCGGCGUCUAGAGCGUCGAGGCCCUUCGACAUGAGCCAUGCACGUUGACCCUCUGCGGCUUCGGCAAACGUGAUGUUUUAUGUUUAUUAUAAUUAUUUUCCUUCUAGGUAAUUGGCAAACAAAAGAUGGAAGAACUAUCGAUUAUAUAAAUUGACAUUCCGUUAGCUUUGAGUUCGAAAGUCAUAUCGCGAGAGUAUUUAUUCUUAAAGGGAACCGCAGGGGGUUAAAUGGUGCUGGACGAAACGUAAGAUACCCCGCCGAGAAUCUAGUCUUAUAGCGUAACUAAUGCAUUAAUUAAUUAAAUACUAAUGAACGCGAAAAGCGAUCUACGUUGCCUUUCGCCCGACUACAUGUAUUCUCGAAUCGCGUCUAGCGGGGUGAAGUGGCGUCGUUUUCGCGGCCCUGCCCCGUAAUCAUUCGUUUCCUUAUUCCUCGUGGAGUACCGAGAGACGACUCCGCUUAACCGAGAUCGCGGGACGUUAAACGAAUCAAUCAUAUCGAGUAUCAUGAGUGAGAGACACGCGCUAAUUAAUCCUAAUUAAUCUCGUACGCCAGGGAAUCUCGUCCCACGGGUUGCGGGCGAAAGAAAAACAGGUAACAAGAAUUAGAGAGGAACACGUGGGGCGAGCGGUCCCCCGCAGAGCCGGACAAAAAUAGUAUUUAACGAUAGAAAAUAGUGGUGAGCUUGCGAAGCUGUUUCACGCGAAACGAACGCUGUUCUGAAUGUUCGCUUGCCGCGAUGUUUAAAAAAAGAAGAGAUGAAAACGACAAACAAAAGCGACAAACGCCUCCGAUUCACCGUUCAUACUAUCAACGUACAAACGAUCUUAACAGUUACUAUUUUUUACUUAUAAUACUAUUGCCUCCAGCUCUUUGGCUACGGCCGAACACUGUAUAUAUACACGCUCAUCUUGUUGUUUUCUCAUUUAAAAAAAGAAAAAAAAAAGAAACAACUCGCGUGAAAGGAACCACGGCGUUCCGUUUUCAGCUUCCGCUUAACUGGCAAUUUUGUUCGCUCGAUCAUUUCCCCUCACGUCGCGCUAUAGCGGAAGAUGCAAUGUCACUUAACAAGUAAGAAAUACGGUUCAUCUCGCGUUAAUACAUGAAAUUUCAUAAACAAUUACGCAUACACACUCUCGGGAAAAGUUUGUUUAACGCGAAAUAAAAUUCUACUCUGUUUCUCAAUGCGAGAACGGUACACGAAAAUGGGCAGUGCCCUAUUUAAGCAAGUCGAAACUGCCGGUCUCUCUUUUCUCCUUUUUUUUAUUUUUGAUAAGUUCCCACCGAUCAGGGAGGAUUAUAUUAUAAAUAUAUAAAUAUAUAUAUAUAAAUAUACAUAAUAUUGUAAUAGAAUAUCGUCGCAAUGCUAACUCUGCAUUCACACACAUUCCUCAGACACCGAUGUCGCUGUAUCUACGUUAAGUGUGAUAAAUGCGGAUAAAUGAAUAGAGAAACGAUUGAUGAGGCGCCGACGGCAAUCGACGACGGCGGCGACGAAACGCGACGAGGACGGCGGUGACAAACACGCGCGUCCACGACGACGAUGGCAAUAAUCGACGAUGCUCCCCGCGAACCGUGAUUUCUUCGCUGUUCAACUGUUUAUCUAAUCUAACUAUCGUUCUUCGUAGCUAGCACGGAUUUCAUCGGUCACGUUUCUCCGCACCUUAUCGAACAUUCUGUAUAUUUAUUGUAUUAAAAUAACGACUGCCAUUAUUCUAUCUCGAUCAUCGUUGCUGUUAUUGUUACUGUUAUUGAGAUUGUUGUUGUUGCUGCUGCUGUUGUUAUCGCUGUUUUCGAUGCGUUUCGCCCUCAUCGUCAAUGUUUUGUCGUCGUGGUGGACGUCGGCCAUCGCCAUCGGCGUCGGCGUAACUGGUACGCUAACUAAACAAUAAGAUACGACUAUCGCCUACUCAAUGUACAAUAUGUAGUAUUUACCUGUUGUUACCACCAAACCGUCAUCAAAGAUAUAUAAAAUAUUGUAAUUGUAACA